AGGGUAUUUCGGGGUUCUCACUUGGCAGGAACAAUUCGUUAGUGGCGGUCGGUGAAAACCAAUCUAUAAGUUUAGACUCGCCAAUGAGGAUUUCUUAAUACUCGUACGUUUUUUUUACCUCCCGUUGGCAAAAUGACGACACCACGAAGCAUCAGAUUAUUUGUGAUUCGACAUCGUUCGCUCUUGAUAUUCACAGUGUCAAUUGGUUUAAUUUUAAUGAUUGCAUGGCCGUCGUCAGACAGUCGACAUAAUUCCAAACAGACGAAGAAAAAGGUUCUUUAUAAUUUGAUGGAAGAAACAAAGGGUAUGCCAAAACACGUCAAAGAUUGCACUAUCGAAUACGCAAACGCGCAUAAACUUCAGCAAGAUCAUCCUUGUCUACUCGAUAUUAUUCGUCGCCAGCAUCUUAACAAACCGUCACCAUCGGAUGUGCCUCUGUUUUUGGAUUACCCCAAUGUGAAAGAUCCAUCUGCAGGUCAAGUGACGGCAGUUCUACGAUUACUGAGAAAUCUGACAAACGGGUUCUUUAUUGAGAGUGGUGCCGCCGAUGGCGAAUCUUUCUCCAACACUUUAUUUUUGGAACGAGAGAUGAACUGGACUGGACUGCUGGUCGAACCCGAACCAAAGUCGUUCCAAAAUUUGGCCAAACGUAAUCGCAAAUCUUGGACACUUCAAAAUUGUCUUAGUCUCGAAAAAUACCCAACCGAAGUCUCAUUCGAUAAAACUGAGAUCACCGGGAAAAUCAUUGGCAGUAAAGUGUCGCAAUCUGAACUGGAUAACGGAAAAUUGGCAAAUGUUCAAUGUUUUCCACUGUACUCUAUAUUGCUGGCCCACGGACAAAAUUGGGUGGAUUUUUUCAGCCUCGAUGUGGAAGGACAUGAACUCCAAGUGCUCAAAACUAUUCCGUGGCACAAAGUCAAUAUUACCUUGAUAGCCGUUGAAUGGGAGCACGUUGAGGAAGGUUACUACGCAAUUGUCGAUUACAUGAAGGAACAAGGCUAUGUAAAUUUUGGGAGAAUCGCUACUCCCUAUGCAAGAGAUGUCGUGUUCAUCAAAGAUUUUCUCGAUGACUUGAGAUUUGACUACGUUGACUACGAUGAAUAGGCCUUAAAACAAUCAGCAAAUA